UAAUGGGCCAAGCGGACUACUCAUCUUACCGCUCUAUUCUCAACCUCAUCAAGCAGGGAAACAACUUAGAUAUCCAAUACGUUGAUAUUUCUCAUGGGCCAUCGCACGCGCAUGUCUGGUGUGGUGAAUGGAGAUAUCGAAGGAGAAGAGAUGAGGACCCUAUAGUGAUUGGGACAGCAGAGUCCUCGAGGCGGGAUAACGCCAAAGAGCUUGCUGCAGUUCAAGCAGUGGACUGGUUGACAUACAUGGGCUAUCUACCUCCACCGAGAAGCCAACACUAUUUCGGCCAUAUUUUGAGGAUCAGUUUUCUGGCCAUAACUCAUCCCAAACCAAUUCAUUAUUACUUGUACUCGUCUCUAGCGAACAUUUUGAUAUAUUGUGAUUUGGGCUAUCCCGUCGAAAAUGUAGAAAUAGCAAUUUGGAGAGAUUCUGGACCAGGAGAUGUUCAAGUUCCUGCGAAUUUGGACCCAAGUGUGGAAGAAAGAUUGUUAGUCGAAGGUAUGACAGAGUCUUGA